AUGAAAUAUACAAUUUUAUCACAGAAACCUAACAACGUUAUCAAGAAAGAUACAAUUUUAUCACAGAAACCUAACAACGUUAUCAAGAAAGAUAUAAUUUUAUCACAGAAACCUAACAACGUUAUCAAUAAAGAUAUGAUUUUAUCACAGAAACCUAACAACGUUAUCAAGAAAGAUAUAAUUUUAUCACAGAAACCUAACAACGUUAUCAAGAAAGAUAUAAUUUUAUCACAGAAACCUAACAACGUUAUCAAGAAAGAUAUAAUUUUAUCACAGAAACCUAACAACGAUAUCAAGAAAGAUAUAAUUUUAUCACAUAACCCUAACAACGUUAUUAAGAAAGAUGUAAUUUUAUCACAGAAACCUAACAACGUCAUCAAGAAAGAUAUAAUUUUAUCACAUAAACCUAACAACGUUAUUAACAAAGAUAUAAUUUUAUCACAGAAACCUAACAACGUUAUCAAGAAAGAUAUAAUUUUAUUACAGAAACCUAACAACGUUAUCAAGAAAGAUAUAAUUUUAUCACAGAAACCUAACAACGUUAUCAAGAAAGAUAUAAUUUUAUCACAGAAACCUAACAACGUUAUCAAGAAAGAUAUAAUUUUAUCACAUAAACCUAACAACGAUAUCAAGAAAGAUAUAAUUUUAUCACAUAACCCUAACAACGUUAUUAAGAAAGAUGUAAUUUUAUCACAGAAACCUAACAACGUCAUCAAGAAAGAUAUAAUUUUAUCACAUAAACCUAACAACGUUAUUAACAAAGAUAUAAUUUUAUCACAGAAACCUAACAACGUUAUCAAGAAAGAUAUAAUUUUAUCACAUAAACCUAACAACGUUAUUAAGAAAGAUACAAUUUUAUCACAGAAAGAUGCAUUAUCAUUAAAAUUAUAA